AUGCGCUUCACCGCAGCCCUGACUCUUGUCUUCCUCACCGCGACAGCCCACGCCGGCGUCUCUCAGCCUGCGGAGCCCUACGCUCUGGCUGGGCGAACUGAUAGCGACGAACUCGUGCCCUUGCUGGAGAAGAAGGAAGAGUUGGGCCUGGAGAAACGGGCCUGUAACUACAACGGAUGCAAAUGCAAUAGCCGUGGCAAGCAGCUGACGGUCUGCGGCAACUGCGUGUGGUCCGAUAACAGCGCCUACGUCGUGACCACCAAGCGGGUCAGCAACCACAUCUUCGAGUGCUCGCCCAGCGGCAACUGCUGCUCCUAUGGGUAUGCCUCGGACUGCGGCGGCUCCGGUGCUCGUUGCAGAGUCAACUAG